AAUAGCGUACUUGCCGAAAAUUGGGGCUUAUCUGGACACGUGUCAGAAGCACAUGAUUCCCACAUUCCAAAAAAACGUGAAAGCCAUCAAAUUAAAGCUUGUUCUUCAAAUUUGCCAAAUAGAUUCAAUUCAAUCAAUCAAUCAAUCAAUCUUUCUCCUCUCAUCUCCAUUUCAAUUCCAACCCCUCUUUUCCAUUUUCAGUCACAACCCAUCUUCACCAUUUUCUUCUCCUUUUCCUCUCUCUCUCUCUCUCUCUCUCUCUCUCUCUCAUUGAUGUCAGUUUUGCAUUGAUUUCAAUAGCCAUGGCUGCAAAGAAGGCCUGUGAGACAUUCUCCAAGGCCUUGAUGGAGGAUGUGCACAGAUGGGGUUGUAUGAAGCAAACAGGGGUGAGUUUGAGGUACAUGAUGGAAUUUGGGUCAACACCUACUGAGAAGAAUUUGCUGAUCUCUGCUCAGUUUCUUCACAAGGAGCUUGCAAUCAGGAUUGCUAGGAGAGCAAUUGAGCUUGAUAGUCUUCCCUAUGGUUUGUCUAAGAAACCUGCUGUUAUAAAGGUUAGGGAUUGGUAUGUGGAUUCUUUCCGUGAUCUUAGGUCGUACCCUGACAUCAAGAACAUGACUGAUGAAAAAGAUUUCACUGAAAUGAUCAAGGCCAUCAAAGUGAGACACAACAAUGUGGUACCUACAAUGGCCUUAGGUGUUCAGCAAUUGAAGAAAGGUAUGGAUCCAAAGAUUGUAUAUGAAGACCUUAUUGAGAUUCAUCAGUUUCUCGAUCGCUUUUACAUGUCAAGAAUUGGAAUCCGCAUGCUCAUUGGGCAGCAUGUGGAGUUGCACAAUCCCAAUCCAGCUCCCCAUUGCAUAGGUUAUAUACAUACAAAAAUGUCUCCUGUGGAGGUGGCGAGGAAUGCCAGUGAGGAUGCACGCUCUAUAUGUUGUCGUGAAUAUGGCAGUGCCCCUGAUGUUCAAAUUUAUGGAGAUCCUGAUUUUACUUUUCCAGCAUCUGUCUUAGCUCGGAAUGGUUAUCUCAUAAGGAUAUAUAGUUUUAGUUCCAAAGUUAUUUCUGUACUCUUUCUAUAUAAUCACUGUAUGUUCUCAACCAGGUAUGUUCCGGCUCACUUGCAUCUUAUGGUAUUUGAGUUGGUCAAAAACUCACUGCGUGCUGUCCAAGAGCGUUUUAUAGAUUCUGAUAACGUUGCACCUCCUGUUAGAAUAAUAGUUGCUGACGGGUUAGAGGAUGUUACCAUAAAGGUUUCAGAUGAGGGAGGUGGAAUACCAAGAAGUGGUCUGCCGAAAAUUUUUACAUAUCUAUACAGUACAGCCAGAAACCCAUUGGAUGAGCAUGAGGAUCUUGGAUUAGGUGAUAAUGUGACAAUGGCUGGAUAUGGAUAUGGAAUUCCUAUUAGUCGCCUAUAUGCUCGGUAUUUUGGAGGUGAUCUUCAAAUAAUCUCUAUGGAAGGAUAUGGAACUGAUGCAUAUCUUCAUUUGUCUCGUCUGGGAGAUUCACAAGAACCAUUGCCCUGAAAGUAGUGGGCCGUUUUCCUUUCAACCAAACUCAGUUACAGUAAGUAACUUGGAAAAACAAAAAAACAGUUGCAACAAGGACCAUUUGCUGUCAAUUUUUUAUAUUUUAAUAAAUUGACAGAUUUCUUGUAAGUAAGUCAUACAUAAGAUUGUGUUUGAUUAAAGGUCCUUUCUUUGCCUUUGCA